GUUACCGUAUUCCGACAGGAUUCUAACAUUUAGUUUGUACUCGAUGCGGGCAUAUCAACAUCCGGUUUCCCGAAGAUGACUUUCGAAAGCUACAAAGUACCAGAAUUAAAGCGGUUUUUACAGAAUCGGGGGGUUACAUGUCACUUUUAUAGAAGAGAUCACUUGCUAAGGUUAUGUAAACUUGCAGCAGAAUUAAAUUUGGAAGUUUUAAAUGACGAAUCAGAUGAAUUGCAAAGUGUUGUCAAUGGAAAUAAUGGAAAGGAUUUCUUGCCGAUACAAAAUGUUACAAAAUGGUCAACAAAUUUGGCAACAUUACCAUCAAUUGAGUCAUGUGAUGUCAUGGUGUACCUUAUUAAUAAUUGUGGUUGGGAAGCCUCUAGAUUAACAAGUUACAAGAAGGAUAAUGGUUACAAGUUACAUAUUGAUAACCACAUCAGUGAUGUGAAUAUUGCCGAAGUAACCAAUUGUAUACCAUACUUUUAUGUAAAAGCAUGCUGUGUACCAGAAACUAGGCAGACUGAGGCCCCAUAUGUUACUUGGGUACUUCUAAAAACAAAUGGACAGAUUUUUGCUGGAGGUUGUUCUUGUGUUGUAGGUAAUGGAACAUGUAAACAUUGUGUAGCCUUAUUGUUUUCCUUGGUAAGUUUCAAUGACAGACACAAAGACCGUUAUUCAGAGGCAUGUACUGACACUGUUUGUAUCUGGGAUAAGCCCAAGAAAACAUCAGAGCCAAUGGAAAUAGACACCAUUGAUCUGCAGAGAAAUACUACUACAGAGAAAAAAGUUAUGCCAACCACUAAAAAUUACUCUCCUUGUGGCCAAAUCAACAGCAGAGAGGUUGAAAAAGAUGUAUACAACUUGUUCAAAUCUAGCAACUCCUUAUUACUACAGGUAUUAGACCCCCCAAGUGAUGACAACUCAUCUGAUGAUGAAAUGCAUGUCCCUACACUUAAAAAUUCUUUACAGACUCUUUCAUCAAACAGUCCUGUUUUGGAACAUUUGAAAACUGUUUACACACCUGAUGCUGUAAAAGAAAUAGAAAAGAUAACAAGAGGUCAAUCUGAUAACACUCUUUGGUUUGAGCAUAGAUGUGGUCGGAUUACUGCAUCACUUUUCCCAUCUGUCAUGCAUUUCCGAUUUACUGACAAUCCUGAAAAUUAUAUCUUAAAAAAAAUACUUGGAAGUUCAGUUGAUGGAUCCAUGGUACCUUCCAUUGCAUUUGGAAAAAAGUAUGAGCCUGUGGCCAGACAACAGUACAUUGAUUUAUACAAAAAAUCACACAGAAAUUUAAAUGUAGAAUCAUGUGGGUUGUUUGUUUGUGAUCUUUAUCCUUUUAUGGGUGCUUCACCUGAUGGAAAAGUUACAUGCAAAUGUUGUGGAACAGGUCUUAUUGAGAUAAAAUGUAGUUUCACAUAUCAAAAUGUUGAACCUUUAGAAGCUUGUAAAGAUGAUCAUUAUCAUUUAUACAUUGAUGAAAACAAUGAUGUUAGAUUGAAACAAACAUCUCCUUGGUAUAUUCAAAUUCAAGGGCAAAUGGGCAUAUGCAAAUCCUUAUGGUGUGAUUUUAUUUUUUUUCACAAGAAGAGGCAUCAUUGUUGAUCGAAUACCAUUUGACCCUGAAAUGUAUUUUGAAAUUGUGCAAAAAUGCAGACGAUUUUUUGAAAAGUACGUGAUAAAUGCACUGUUGCACCAAAAUUCAAACAGUUGAACAACUUAUGAUAUGUUAACAAGAACAUUUUUUUUUACAUGUUUAUGUACUACGGUAAUUUACAUAACAUAAAGUCAGAUUUCAUUGCUUACAGGUAAAAUUUAUUGUUAUCUUCAGCAAGGAUUCAUGGUAUCUACAAACAACUGUACUAGUACUUUGUAGUUGAUGACAUAAAUAAAAUACAUGUACACGUU